AUGUCAUUGGCCAAUCAUCAUCUUUUGUUAACAGGCCACAAAAAUUAAACGGAAAGAUGACAUUUUCUAACGUCAUCCUUAACAGAAGGGGUGAUUUGCGGAUUUCAUGUAGUAGAAGGGCUGAUUUGCCAGUGUUUCUUGUACAGGGGCUGAAUUGCCACAACAUUUCAGCCGACGACGAUGAAGACUCCAUUGUGACUUCAGAAACUACACGAAUCACCGCAAAAUCAGAAGCAAAACAUGCGAAACCGAGAAUUAACAAAGAAGAACCAAAAAAAGAGAGGGUUGAGAAAUCGGAAAACUUGAAGGACUCACCAGAAUCCGCCAGGUCGAUGGUCGAUCUAGAGUCUGGAAAUCAAAUCCAAGAGUCUAGAAGCAGAGAAGCAUAGCCACUAUGGAAGUGUGCGUGUGUUUCCAAAUUUUCAAAGGGCGUACUUGAAAUGCGGAUUUAAAAUGCAGAAGUAGUAACACAUCGGAGGGGAGGGAGUGAGGAAGGGGUGGGGGAGAUGAUUGCAUCUUUGCGGUUAGAUAUGGAUUUUGGUGGCUGUGAUUGGAUUAGGAAAGUAUCUUUACUAAAAAAAAUCUGGGAUC